AUGCAUAACAUUCAGUUUUCAUCGAGUAUCACGAAACUCUUGUUCGGUAGGGUCUCGGUUCUGCAUAAAAACCCUAAACGUCUUGAUUGUGACAGGUUUUGUUAUAUGGAGCCUUUCAAAGGUCAAUGUGCAGAUGCUGAACAGAAGGUGAAGCCUGGCAUAGUCACUGUUUCUACAAAGCGAUCAGGAUAUGAUUCCACGCUGAAAGAUUCUAGUAGUAUCAAGGUGGAAGCUGUUUCGGAUGCUUCUAACACAGAUGGAAAAUUACCCAAUUCUGAGAAUGCAAAACGUCCAGCCUUGAAGCGGUUGAAAAGGGGACCUUCAAGAUAUGAAGAAUCCAAAUCAAAAAAGAGAUAA